GCCGCAGAGGUAAAUAGUGAAGGUUUUAGCAAGGUGAGUGGGGUCGCAUUUCCGGAGAGUCUUUACCGUUUGGCUCUGAUGACGAGGAGGAAACUGUACCGAUGAAAGAAGCUUCUUAUAACUGGCCAAAUGGGAAAAGAAAACAGUGCCAGUAGCAAAUCCACGCCAAACAGAAAUUCACAGUCACUUAGAAUGGAGCGGCACCCAUUUGAAAGUGCAGCUGCAAGGUCUCAAUCCUUUAGCGCCUCAGCAAUCUCUCGUGUCAAGCCUCUUACACCACUUCAAAGUCCAGCAGAAUUGGAGAGGAAACAUUCUCAGAUUCGCCGCAAGUCUUCCGGAAUUUUUGGGCCUAAGCCAGCUUUGAAGUGUCCAAGGAUUUCCCAGACAACGAGUGUGUUUACUAAACUUCAGUCAGCCCUCAGUGAAUAUGCACGACACCUUGAGGAAGCUCUGAACAGUGUAGAACCCAAGAGAAAAAGAAUUGUGGAGCAAAGAAUUAAGUUAAUAGAGUCAAGGAUACAGCAGAUUGAUGAGAUUUUUCAACUCUACCUUUAUGAAGAGAAGAUGAGAGAAGGUUCGCGUAAUUUGCUGCAUGCCCUGACAUCCCAGGGAUCCAAAGGAGGUCAGGACAAGUGCAGAGGCAGCAUAAAUGCUUGUACAGAGAAAAUGUGUGCUAUUGAAGAGGAACUUGAAACUAAACUUGGUGUUUUCAGAUUUCAUUUAAAUGCUCUUCAAGCAUUUGGAAGGCUAUGCAGUGGUGAUGUAUAUGAUAUACAUAUUAGACAUGGGAGUAAUUUUAAAUGGAAGUCAAGAUGUAAAGUAGAAAGAGAAGGACAAAAAUGGAUAGAUAAUGAGUUCACAUUGAGACCAUCAAUUACAGAUGAAUUUUCUGUCAGGGUCAUUGAAAUGAAAAAAAUCCAAGCAAAUGUUCAAAUUGGAAAUAUCCAUUUGAGAUCAAGAAAUUACAUAAAAGCCAGACCACAGAUCAUGUCUGUACCUCUUAACAGCACAGGCUCCAUGAAACUCAAAUUGACAGUGGAAUGGAGACCUUUUUCUGGGAAAGAGGAGAAUACAUUACGUUCCAAGCGACACAGUCUGUUAUCAGAAGUUAUCUUUAUUCAGCCUUCAGAGUGUACAACACCUUCAACAGAUUUAACGUACAGCCCUACAAAACAAAAGGGCUUUAGUGAAGUGGAAUACAAUGUUGAAGGAAAUGAAGAGAAGCCUUUAUUUGUAGAUGAGGAGGUAGUUGUUGAAGACUUGAAAGAUUCACCCGAGUUGGUUGCUGCAAAUCUACCUGAAGACGACUUGAAUGGAAUUGUUCCAGAAGAACCUCAGGAGUUCCGUCAUGCAACAUCCUUGGAUAGUGCCUUGCAGCAUCUUAUUCCCACUUUGCAGACAAACAAAGAUCAAUUUCCUGAGCUUGAUGGCGUGAUCACGCUUCUUGAUAAACUAGAAGAACUCGUCAAGAAAUGUUCCUUAUUAAGAUCUUCCAUGUCUCUUUCUGUGGAAAGUGCGCUAGAGAGCUUUGACUUCUUAGAGCAGGAUGCAGCGGACGAGAGAGAAAGCACGCCCCGCAGUACCGGUAGUGGGGGAAGCGGAUGUCAAGAUACUGGUUAUAAUAGCACUGACGACUAUAACAAAGACUGUGUGGGGGAGGGUUCGUCUGAUGCUGGUUACAUUGUGGACUUUAUGACUUCUGGGAAAACUGCUGAAAAUUACGGGGACACAAAUCAUGGCAACGGAGUAAUAAAUGGAAUCGAAGACAGUGGAUCACAAAGCGAACAUCUUGAAGUUGAAGAAAACGCUGAUAGGAACUCUUUGAAUGACUCUCCAAGUUGUAUUUCUGAUAUCUUUUCGUCGCCGUCUUCGUUUGGUCAGCCUGUGGAGAAAUCGGCGGGUUUGGAUGAAGCUGAGUUGGGUGGCGUUUCAUCCAACGCCAGUUCCCCCAGGAAACGGUUUGAAGUAGCAACGGAACUGAUGGAGGGGAGUCCUCAACACAGCAGCCUCAGGACUCGGUCAUCACGGGCGACAAGUCCUAAUCUGUCCUCCUCAUAUGGCCACGAAGCUACAGUUGGUAGCAAAGUUUUGGACAAGGUCCUCCUUUGUCACUUACAAUUUUGUGAAGAAGUCUCUGUGCAUCUUGGUUCAUUUGGGCCCAUGAAAUACAAGGAAAUGCAAGCUCUCUCUAAACUUCGACAACAGAAGGAAGUUCUGAACAGACUCUUCACGUUCAUUUUAUCAUCCGACCCAGUCAGUGAAAUGGCUCUGUCAACAAGCAACCCACGUUUGGCAACAAACCCCGCGUUGUCCUCUCUUUGGGAGAAAACGUGCCAAGGCUCGCUCUUGUUUACUACGGCGGGUCAGCUUGUGAGCGGGUUUGAAGACACCUACAAGAAACAAAUAACUCAGAGUUACAACAGAGUGGUAGAUUUAGUCUUUUCAGUUAUCGUAGCACGUGUUAUCCAUCAAGAUCCUGAUUUGACUGAUGUUCAGCCCGAAGAGGAAGAGCUUGUGAGCGUGUUUCAGUUUGAGCAUUACUUCAUGGACUUGUGGAGGCCUAACUUGUCCAAGUACAUCGACGAGGUGGCUUAUGAACUUGUGAUCUGUAAGCGCCUGCGUUCCACUGAAAAGGAUGCUGUUGUUGCACAGCUGAAGCAGUACACGGAGAUACCACUGUCCAAAACCUGUUUUUGUCCUGUGCUCUGUCUCUUGCUGGACAACGAUUUUUUAGUUGCCCAGGCCGCAGAGUCUUAUUUGUCGCAUUUGAAAAAGAAUGCUGACCUGCGUAGAAAGGCUAUUAGUUUAAGUAUCGAGGCGCUUGAGGAAUCUGAGGAGAAACUGCGGGAAGGAGCAUGCGUGGCUCUUACAGUGCUUCAGGCCAGAGAUGCUGUUCCCCAACUGUUGUAUCUUAGCAGAUGUGAUGUACAAUCUGUAAAAUUUGCUGCACGGAAGGCUCUCUCAUCCUUGGGAGAGGAAGGCGAAGAUGCAUUAAGACAAUCUGCCAUGUCUUCAAGUGAAAUAGCUGGACUAACGUUCUAAACCAGUUGUAUUUACUCAGCCACGCACCCCGUGACAGAAGACAUAGAAGGGUGUUUUUGUGUCUUCUUGGAAGCCGUGUUGUUAUGAUAUGGAAAUGUGGAAAGGAGUUAGAGUUCCUUUCUAUUUCCUUCAGAGAAAGUAAGGUCGAAAGGAAAAUUUGGCGCUUAAUCGCAGCAAGCGUAUUACAAAGUCAGUAAGUCUCCGUAUCUUUGAGUGACGUAAUGUAACCUCUCACGGAGUACUCCAGGGCCCAGUUGUUCAAGAUCGAUUAGCGCUAACCCAGGGUUAAAUUUUAAUCCAGGUUUCUAUAUUUCUCUGU